AUGAAUUUGGGAAUGGCUUUUGAAGUGCCAGAGGGUGUUAUUCAAUUAAAUGUUGGGGGGACUUGUUAUUUAACUACUGUAGAGACUUUAAAAAGAGAUCAAUGUUCUUUACUUGCACAAUUAUUAACGGUUGAUGGAAUGGAGGCUAAUUCUAAAGUUGCCAAAAGAAUGAGUAAUGGGGCUGUAUUUAUUGACAGAGAUGGAGAAUUAUUUGCUUAUAUUCUCGAUUUUCUUCGUAGUGGAAAACUUUUAUUGCCAGAAAAUUUUCGUGAAUUGGCACGUCUUAAAGAGGAAGUUCAAUUUUAUCAAUUGGAAGAGUUAAUGCAACAAUUAAUUCCUUAUUAUAAUUUAAAAUAUCCAACAAGAACUUCAUCUACAAAUAUAAAUAACAGUACAAAUUCUGCUGCAGCAGCUGUUGCUGUAGCUAGAACAAAUGCUCUUUAUGAGACGGGUGGAUUUAUAACACUUGGUUAUAGAGGAACUUUUGCUUUUGGUAGAGAUGGACAGGCAGAUGUUAAAUUUAGAAAAUUACAUCGAAUAUUAGUUUGUGGUAAAGCACAACUUUGUAGAGAAGUUUUUGGUGAUACUUUAAAUGAAAGUAGAGAUCCAGACAGGGAAGGGGCUGAAAGAUAUACAGCAAGACUUUAUUUAAAGCAUCAAUGUUUAGAAAGAGCUUGUGAUAAUUUAUCUGAAAAAGGUUUUCGUUUAAUUACCGCCUGUUCUAGUGGGGCAAAUGGACUUGUAUUAACAGCGAGUAAUCAACAAUCACCUGCAAAUAAUAGCCAGGUCCCUUUUCAGCGUGAAAGUGGAGAUAUGGAAGAACAACGUUGGGCACAUUAUACAGAAUAUGUAUUUUAUAGAGAACCCCAAUUUGGGUUAUUUACAAGUCCAGAUAUUAGUCCAAGAAUUUAA